CAAGAAGAGGAGUGCUGCUGAAACAAUCAGCUUCAUGCCACCCAUCCCUGCAAGGUACUUGAUGUCUGAGGGCCUGUCCAGCAGGCUGCCCAUUGACAAUAAAACCAGUACUACCAGCAGUACCCGGACUACCUACACCUACAGAGUUACCAACGGUCCCAGCAAAAAGGAUUCAGUUCGUGGAUACAUGAGAGCAAUUAGCAGUGCCUUUUCGAUGACAUCACUCUCAUGGACGGGGGCCGAAGCUAAUUCGAGGAUGAUGCAUGUGGGAGAUUUAGUCAGCAGUCGCAUGAAGAAGACAUGUGGUCUGCUUUUACUUCUCCUCGUCAUAUCACUAUGUGUUUGGUUACUCUUUCCUGUGAUGACCCAUUUCGUGGGUUUAAAACUGCUACCUCAUCAACCCAGCACCCAUCUUGAUGUUGCUGAGGAGAACAAGAAGCUGAUGAAUCUAGAGAUGCAGGACUUGAUCGGGCUGAUAUCCAGCCUUCGUGACAGGAUCAAAGCGCUGGAGAUGAAGAAUGCAGAGGGGGUCAAACCACCGGCUCCUUUAGCUACCAACAGUCAACUAACCCCAGCGAUCCAACAGGCAAUGGAGAAGUGGCUCAGUAACCACAUCAAGGAGCAGGCUGUAUUCAUUCCUGAUGACAAAGGAUUUGGACAUUCGAUAGCUGACAACAUGGCUGACUUUGCCCUCGAGGUUCAAGGUGCCAGGGUGAUCACUUCCAGGUGUUCAGAGACCUAUCAUGUUAGUAGGGCGUUUGUGACCCUGUUUGGUUUCAAGAUUUGGAGUGUCACUGUGGGCCCGCGGACCGCUAUUCAGGGUCUGGCACCACUGCUCCCAGGGAGGUGUUGGUCAUUCCCUGGUGCCCAGGGAACUCUUGCCAUCACUCUCUCUAAUCCUGUUAAGAUUACACACGUGACAGUGGACCACAUAGCCCGCUACAUCUCACCCAGUGGCAGCAUCAAGUCCGCGCCCAAAGAAUUUGAACUCUAUGGAAUGAGAGACAUCUCAGGGAAGAGAACUCUUCUUGGAACGUUCACAUACGAUCAGAGUGGCGAGUCGACGCAGACGUUUCAGCUGCCUAACCCAACUGACGACAUAUAUCGUGGUGUGGAAAUGCAUGUCCUCAGUAACUGGGGACAAGCGGAAUAUACAUGUAUUUACCGCUUCCGUGUGCAUGGGAAGAUCGCCUCCACUUGA